UCCCUCCAGGAUCCGAUGAUUACAGGGCAGCUGAGCAAGCCGCUGCUCUCCCUGCGCAGCAACAUGAGCGCGGCAGAACUCCGGGCGGAUGACAAAGCGGCCACCCCAGACAGCGAGCUGAACGACGAGCCCCUGCUCCUGCCCUCCGAGGCCACGGACAGAGAGGGCACUCCCAACAAGCUGUACGGAGCUCGUGACGGUUCGGUCCAGUCUGACGCCAGCAGCAGUCCUUCAGAGCAGAGUCAACUGGGCCAGUCUCACCCAGGAUACCCAAUGGGUCCACAGUCUCUCCUGGUGGCGCAGCAGCUGGCCAAUGCAGUAGGUGGCGUGAUGUCUGGGGCAGCGCCAGGUAUGAACCAGCCCAUCCUCAUCCCGUUCAACGCAGGCGGACACCUGGGCGGGCAGCAGGGCCUGGUCCUCUCCCUGCCCACAGCCAACAUCCAGAGCCUGGUGGCUGCUGCUGCUGCAGGGGGCAUCAUGACGCUCCCCCUCCAGAACCUGCAAGCUACCUCAUCACUCAACUCCCAGCUCCAGCACCUGCAGCAGCUCCAGCACCUGCAGCAGCACCACCAGCAGCAACAGCAACAUCAGCAGCAACAGCAGCAACACCAUCACCAACAGACCCACUCCCACACCCAGAACCAGCUGUCAUCCCACCAUCACAUGACCCCGCCCAACCAGCAGCAGACCUCUGUCCCAUCUCCAGGGUCUGCCUGCUCCUCCACCUCUGGACAGCCGCAGCAGUCUCCACCACACCGACCCAACCAGUCACCGGCCCGCAGCCUCCCUUCUCCCGUGACCCCGCCCAUGCCUUUGCCGCUGAAUCCUCUGGCCAGCCAGGCGGCGGUAGCAGCAGCAGCAGCCAUGGGAUCAAUCGCUGGUUCUCAGGUGUUUGGCAACACCCUGUCAAACCUGCAAGGAGCCACCGGGCAGCUGGUCACCAACGCACAAGGACAGAUAAUUGGAACAAUCCCACUGAUGCCCAACUCUGCAGGGCCCUCCAGCCAAUCAGGGGGUGGCAACCCAGCUCUGCAGGUACAGCCAAUUACACCUCAGCUUCUGACCAACGCUCAAGGCCAGAUCAUCGCCACAGUGAUCGGCAAUCAGAUCCUGCCUGUCAUCAACACCCAGGGAAUCACACUGUCACCAAUCAAGCCUGGACAGCAGCUGCCUCAGGCUCAGCAGGGUCAGACGGGCCCCGCAUCGUCUCAGCCCAACCUGCUCCACAUGCCCCACAGACAGAGUCCACUCCACCAGGCCUCUUCGUCCUCCUCCACCUCCUCCUCUUCCUCGGCUCUCAGCGUGGGGCAGCUGGUCAGCAACCCGCAGACCGCCCCCAGCGAGGUGGACGGGGUCAACCUGGAGGAGAUUCGUGAAUUCGCCAAAGCAUUCAAGAUCCGCCGGCUGUCCCUGGGCCUGACACAGACCCAGGUGGGCCAGGCGCUCAGCGCUGCCGAGGGUCCGGCGUACAGUCAGUCUGCCAUCUGCAGACACACCAUCCUGAGAAGCCACUUUUUCCUACCACAGGAAGCCCAAGAGAACACUAUAGGUAGCAGUCUGACAGGCAAACUGAACCCUGGCCUUUUAUAUCCUGCCAGGUUUGAGAAGUUGGACAUCACCCCUAAAAGCGCCCAGAAGAUUAAGCCCGUUCUGGAGCGCUGGAUGGCCGAGGCUGAAGCCCGCCACCGAUCCGGCAUGCAGAACCUGACUGAGUUUAUCGGCAGCGAGCCUUCGAAAAAACGCAAGCGGAGGACCUCUUUCACCCCGCAGGCGCUCGAGAUCCUCAACAGCCACUUUGAGAAGAACACACACCCCUCUGGACAGGAAAUGACGGAAAUAGCCGAGAAACUGAACUAUGACAGGGAGGUGGUGCGUGUCUGGUUCUGCAACAAGCGGCAAGCCUUGAAAAACACAAUAAAGCGUUUGAAACAGCCCGAACUCGGCGCGGCUGCACCAAUGGACCCUCUCACUGAUUCUCUAGAGGAGCUCCCGAAAUGA